GAGGGUCGAGCGGUAGUAAAAUGGUGUCCAGCAGGGGGCGGCACUUAUCACCAGCACUAUUGCGUCGGCAAUGGAGGAGGAGGUCUGAACUCGGUCGUCAUGAACACGUUUGACGGCUGCGGUUCGUCGCGGGAGGACCGGGCGGAGACUCGUCGUCCUUGGGCCCGCUUCUCUUCGUGGCUCGAAUGCGUGUGUGUGGUGACCUUUGACCUGGAGCUCGGACAAGCCAUCGAGCUGGUUUAUCCUCGGCAUGUGAAGCUAACUGAGAAGGAGAAAACCAGCCUUUGCUACCUUGCGUUUCCGGACUCCUACUCAGGAUGUAUUGGGGACACGCAGUUCAGCUUCCGGAUGCGCCAGUCGGUCGGUCGCAGACAUUCCAGGCUCAGAGACGUCAUCUACAACAGAGAUGCUCCCGCCACGCUUCAGAGCGAAACGUCCCAUUUUUAUGGCUACGUGUAUUUCAGACAAGUCAAAGAUGCGUCCGUGAAACGAGGAUACUUCCAGAAGUCGCUGGUUCUCGUGUCCAGGCUGCCGUUCGUUCAGCUUUUUUACUCCAUGCUUCACAUCAUCGCACCCGAGUUCUUCGACAAGUCCGAGCCGUGGCUGGAAACAGUGUGUAAUGAGAUCGACCAAUGGCCUUUCCUCGCUGCUGGGCUCACUUUUAACCUCCCUCUAGUGGGUGUGGUCUUACAGGUCACAAUUCCGUCCCAGAAUGACAAACCAGGAAGUCCAGUGAAAGUGGCGGCAAAGGAGAAUGUCGUACCCACACCGACUCUGCUGCCUUCUGUACACGAGCUGGACCUCUUCAAGUGUUUCCAGUCAGUUCUGAUCCAUCUGCAGAUGCUCUGGGAGCUCACACUACUCGGCGAGCCCGUGGUUGUCAUGGCACCAUCUCCCACGGUUUCCUCAGAAACAGUCUUAGCACUCAUCAGCUCCAUUAGUCCUCUCAAGUUCUGCUGUGAUUUCCGUCCGUAUUUCACCAUCCAUGAUUGCGAGUUUCGAGAAUUUACGACCAGGACGCAAGCACCGCCCAGCGUGAUCCUGGGCGUGACCAACCCGUUCUUCAUCAAGACCUUCCACAGCUGGCCUCACGUCCUGCGACUAGGAGAGACCAAGAUGUCGGAGCAAGCAAGCAUCCCCAAGCAGCUGAAAUUAAAGAAAGUCUCCAAACUGAAGACGCUGGACACCAAACCAGGAAUCUUCACAGUCUACAAAAGCUUCCUGCUCAAAGACAAGAUCCUCAUUAAACGGCUGUUGAAGGGCAUCCAGAGGCGGCGGCCAUCCGAGGUGCAGAGCGCCAUCUUGAGGAGACACUUUUUAGAGCUAACACAGAGCUUCAUCAUCCCACUGGAGCGCUACAUGGCCAGUCUGAUGCCGCUGCAGAGGUCGGUGACACCCUGGAAGACGCCCCCGCAGGUUCGUCCUUUCAGUCAGGACGACUUCAUGUCUAUGCUGGAGCACAGUGGCCCUCAGCUAACCUCAGCACUUCGAGGUGAUUGGACUGGACUGUACAGGAAGUUCUUCAAAUCUCCAAACUUUGACGGAUGGUACCGCCACCGCCACAGAGAGAUGACACGCAAACUGGAGAGUCUCCACCUGGAGGUUAUCUGUGCGGCUGACCCGCUGGGAUGGACUCAAGACAAGUCAGAAGUGGAGAUUGUCGACCUGGUUCUGAAGCUCCGAGAGAAACUGAUUAAAGCCCGAAGUCAGCAGCUGCAGGUAAAAGACGACAUUUUGAACAAAUUGGACUUGUUGAUCACGUCCACCAUGAGCUCCCUGCCUAAAGAGCUGCAAGAUGUCCUCAAAGCACAGUAACACACUCAGCAAGACCAUGACAGAAUGUUUUUCCUGUGCACUGAAAUGAAGGAUGCUGAGGAUGGCGUUGAGCGUCUGCUGCCUCCCGCUGGUGUCCUGCAGGGUCAGGAACUUAAAGAUGACGUUCUUCAGGUACUCCAUGUUGGAACCCUCACGCUUCUGGUCACGGACCAAUUUGUCCAGCUGUGCUCGGAGCUUGUGACUCUCCUCGUCGUGGCGUUCGGCGUUGGCCAGAAUUUUGGCGUGCAACUGGUGGAUGUCCUCCUCCAGCUGGCGCUUCUGCCGCCUAAGGGAGCCAGCCUCCACUUCCUUUCUGGCAAACUGCUCAGCAUAGAGCAGCAGCGUGGGCUCAGUGGGCAUGGCGCGCCACAGUGCAUGGCCGAUAGUGUCCGUCUCGCCCUCCUCUCCAUAACCGUUCUCCUCAAACUUGCUGGCGACGCCUGUACUUUGUACGAGGGAGGCGUGGGUCAGCGCCGCGGCUUUUAAACGCUCCAACUCCUGGUCUUUUUCGCCCAGCAGCGCCAUC